GCCAGGCUGCCUCGCUUCAUUGGUCGUCGGUGUGUCGGACUGUCGGAUGGAUUUCGGCAUGAUUCGCGCGAUGCAACAUAAUCUUGAAACGUGAAAUAAAAAAAAACGAAGUUUAAUAAAAACAUUAUUUAAAAACACAUAAUUUAUGUGUGCGAUCGUGUUCUUGUAUACAAUUCUUAAUAAAUAAGGUCUCUAAAAAUGCUAGCAAAAUAUGUAAACUCAGUAUUCACUUAUGGGAAAUUCAUACAGAACAAACUGUCGUUGCUUGGUGCUAUUAAUUAUCCUAAUGACUUUACACAAGUCAGGUAUAUACAAAAGCACUGGAAUCCAAAAUGGAAGAAAUUAAGAAGAGAAAAAGUUAUUAAAGUAAAGCUUCCAUCAUUUGAUGAUGAUAAUGAAGAUCCUACUAAAAUGGAUAAGGAGCAAAUACGAUCGCGUAUGAGAGAGUUUGGUUUUAUUCCACAAAAAGCUUGGCAGGAAAGACCAACAUUUAUCACCUCUACUCCUACAAUUUUUGAAUCUUAUGUUGCUCCUGAAGGAGAUGGAAAGUAUUCUGCUAUCACCAAAGAGGGAGCAAAACAAAAAUUUACAUUUUUGGAGAAAAAGGGCAAAUCUGUAAUGGCCAUUAGAAAAAUUAAAUCGUUUGAUGAUACAUUUAAGACAUCCUUUUUUAUAGAAGAGGCUACAGAUAUUUAUCAAAAGGCACAUGAAGCUUUAGCUGCAAAAGAUGAAGAGAAGUUAAUACAAUACGUUACAGAAACAGCAUAUCCUAAAAUGAUACACAACUUGAUGGAUAAAACUAUACACUGGAAGUUUUUAGAAUCUUUGGAACCAGCUCGUGUUGUGCACGCAAGAACUACAGAUAUAAUAACGAAGGAGAAUGUUUUUGCACAACUUACUGUUCGAUUCCACACACAACAGAUAUUAGCGAUUUAUGAUAGGUUUGGUCGCUUAAUGCAAGGAAGUGAGAUUCUAAGAAAAGAUGUAUUAGAAUACAUAGUAUUCGAAAAGCAUUUAGCUAAUGAAUACGGCAUUUGGCGAAUUCAUGGUAAAAUUAUACCACCUUGGAUGUCUGCGACAGACAUAGCAGAAGGCACAUAUAUUCUAAAAGAUUCAAAAAAAGAAGAUGAUCCUGUACCCACUGAGCCUCAUCCUGUGGAAGCUACCUUAAUAGAAGAUACGUCAAAAGAUAUGCCAAAGAAUGUGACGAAUGCACCAUCUUCGUAAAUUAUAAUAAACAGGUAUGCUAAGUAAUAAUUGUAUUGUAUAUUGUUGGUAAAAUAAAAAAUAUAUUCAUAUAAUAAUC